UCUCGGCCUUAUUUAUACCCACACUCCAGCGUCUCCCAUUCGUCACUCAAGCACUCAUUCUCUCUAAACCCCCACUCCUCUUCUUCUCUUGCUGCUCGCGCAACAUGUCUAGCGUUGGUCGAGAAACACAAGCGGCGCGAGACAAGGUCAAGGACCUUUCCCAGGCGGACUUCGGCCGCCUGGAGAUCGAGCCUCGCGGUAGGUGGAGUAUCCGGGGCCUCAUAUCCUGCGGCACUGAGUACGGCCCAUCACAGCCCUUACAUAGGGCCCGCCAUCACCGGCUUCCCUCCAAUGACCAUCCAGCCGCCGUGUGAUUGAGGACCCUCACCGCCCUUGGCGCCGAGGUCGCUGGUGCUCCUGCAAACAUCUUCUCCACGCAGGACCACGCCGCCGCUGCUAUCGCUCGCGACAGCGCUGCUGUGUUCGCCUGGAAGGGAGAGACCCUCCAGGAGUACUGGUGGUGCACCGAGCGCGCCCUUGACUGGGGCCCCGGCGGCGGUCCUGACCUCAUCAUCGACGACGGUGGUGACGCCACCCUCCUCAUCCACGAGGGUGUCAAGGCCGAGGAGCUCUAUGAGAAAACCGGCGCGCUCCCCGACCCCGCUUCCACUGACAACGCUGAGUUCCAGAUCGUGCUUACCAUCAUUAGAGAUGGGUUGAAGACCGACCCCACCAGGUACCGCAAGAUGAAGGAGCGUAUUGUUGGUGUUUCUGAGAGAACUACCACUGGUGUGAAGAGGCUGUCUCCGAUGCAGGCCAGUGGGACUCUUCUGUUCCCUGCUAUUAAUGUCAAUGACUCUGUCACCAAGAGCAAGUUUGACAACUUGUAUGGGUGCCGUCAUUCUCUGCCCGAUGGUCUGAUGAGGACUACUGAUGUUAUGAUUGCGGGGAAGGUGGCUGUCGUGGCUGGAUAUGGUGAUGUUGGCAAGGGUUGUGCUGCUGCGUUGAAGCAGGCUGGUGCUCGUGUCAUUGUGACUGAGAUUGAUCCCAUCUGUGCCCUCCAGGCUCUCAUGGAAGGCCUUCAGGUUUUGACCUUGGAGGAUGUUGUAUCCGAGGCUGAUAUCUUCGUUACCACAACAGGUAACAAGGACAUCAUUAUGGUUGACCACAUGAGGAAAAUGAAGAACAAUGCCAUUGUUUGCAACAUUGGUCACUUUGACAAUGAGAUCGACAUGCUGGGGCUGGAGACCUACCCAGGUGUGAAGCGCAUCACAAUCAAGCCCCAGACUGACAGGUGGGUCUUCCCUGAGACCAACACCGGCAUCAUUGUCUUGGCCGAGGGACGUUUGAUGAACUUAGGAUGUGCUACAGGACACCCCAGUUUUGUGAUGUCUUGCUCCUUCACCAACCAGGUCAUUGCCCAGCUUGAGUUGUGGAAGGAGAAGAGCACUGGGAAGUAUAAGAAGGAGGUUUAUGUUUUGCCCAAGCACCUUGAUGAGAAGGUGGCUGCACUUCACCUUGGCAAACUUGGAGCUAAGCUCACCAAGCUCACCAAGUCUCAGGCUGAUUACAUCAAUGUGCCUGUUGAGGGUCCAUACAAGCCUGCUCCCUACAGGUACUAAGUUUGUUGUUGUGAUGAUCCAAGGAGAGCGUGGGAAAGGUGAAACUGUUUUAUGAAGCGGCUUGUUUUUUUUUUUUUUGGAUUUUUUGUGCUAGGUUUACAUCUAUAUGUAGAAGAAGAGUUGUUUUCUUCA